AGCAUCUCUGCCGUGGGGAGGCUGCAACGGGAGCUGAGCUGACUUCGCCGGCGGCCCCUCCCCACCCCGCAGUGAGGCUGUAGCCAGAAAGCACUGUCUGGGACCAUGGGGAGCAGCAAGAGCAAGCCCAAAGACCCCAGCCAGCGCCGACGCAGCCUGGAGCCCACGGACAAUGCCCACCACGGGGGCUACCCAGCCUCACAGACGCCCAGCAAGGCGGCUGCUCCUGACGCCCAUCGCACCCCCAGCCGCUCCUUCGGGACCAUGGCUGCCGAGUCCAAGCUCUUUGGAGGCUUCAACACCUCUGACACGGUCACCUCGCCGCAGCGUGCCGGGGCGCUGGCUGGUGGAGUCACCACCUUCGUGGCCCUCUAUGACUACGAGUCCCGGACCGAAACAGACUUGUCCUUCAAGAAAGGAGAGCGCCUGCAAAUCGUUAACAACACAAGAAAAGUGGACGUCAGGGAAGGUGACUGGUGGCUGGCUCAUUCCCUCACUACAGGACAGACGGGCUACAUCCCCAGUAACUAUGUCGCGCCCUCAGACUCCAUCCAGGCUGAAGAGUGGUAUUUUGGGAAGAUCACUCGCCGGGAGUCCGAGCGGCUGCUGCUCAACCCCGAAAAUCCCCGAGGCACCUUCCUGGUGAGGGAGAGCGAGACCACGAAAGGUGCCUACUGCCUCUCUGUCUCUGACUUCGACAACGCCAAGGGGCUCAACGUGAAGCACUACAAGAUCCGCAAGCUGGACAGUGGCGGCUUCUACAUCACCUCCCGCACCCAGUUCAACAGCCUGCAGCAGCUGGUGGCCUAUUACUCCAAACACGCUGAUGGCUUAUGCCACCGUCUCACCAACGUCUGCCCCACGUCCAAGCCCCAGACCCAAGGCCUUGCCAAGGAUGCCUGGGAAAUCCCUCGGGAAUCACUGCGGCUGGAGGUCAAGCUGGGGCAGGGCUGCUUCGGAGAGGUGUGGAUGGGGACCUGGAAUGGCACCACCCGGGUGGCGAUCAAGACGCUGAAGCCUGGCACCAUGUCCCCAGAGGCCUUCCUGCAGGAAGCCCAGGUCAUGAAGAAGCUCCGGCAUGAGAAGCUGGUUCAGCUCUAUGCCGUGGUUUCAGAGGAGCCCAUUUACAUUGUCACCGAGUACAUGAGCAAGGGGAGCCUCCUGGACUUCCUGAAGGGUGAGAUGGGCAAGUACCUACGGUUGCCCCAGCUCGUGGAUAUGGCGGCUCAGAUUGCAUCUGGCAUGGCCUAUGUGGAGAGGAUGAACUACGUCCACCGGGACCUCCGGGCAGCCAACAUCCUCGUGGGGGAAAACCUGGUGUGCAAAGUGGCCGACUUCGGCUUGGCACGGCUCAUCGAGGACAACGAGUACACCGCUCGGCAAGGUGCCAAGUUCCCCAUCAAGUGGACAGCCCCUGAAGCUGCUCUGUACGGCAGGUUUACCAUCAAGUCAGAUGUCUGGUCCUUUGGCAUCCUCUUGACCGAGCUGACCACCAAGGGCAGAGUGCCGUACCCAGGGAUGGUGAACCGAGAGGUGCUGGACCAGGUGGAGCGGGGGUACCGCAUGCCCUGCCCACCUGAGUGCCCCGAGUCCCUGCACGACCUCAUGUGCCAGUGCUGGCGGAAGGACCCAGAGGAGCGACCCACCUUCGAGUACCUGCAGGCUUUUCUGGAGGACUACUUCACCUCGACAGAGCCCCAGUACCAGCCUGGCGAGAACCUAUAGACCCGGAGCUCCUCCUGGCACCAGGGACGCUGCCGUCCUCACCGCAGGGCGCUGAGGGCUGGCCUCCCCGCCGAGGGGCCAGUUUUUUGUGGAGCAGACCCGGAGCAGGAUGGGGCAUCAUCUCCGGAUGUGGCCAGGGGAGGUGCUGGGUCCCCCCAUCACUCAUUAAGACUUCUGGCCUGUGUUUAAUGAAGUGGCGCCGUCCCGCUGGCGAGAGGAGCCUGUGGGCACUGGUAGAGCCGGCUUGAGAGGGCGAGCGGAGCAUCUCCCUCCGAGAGACUUGGCUUUCAGGAGAUCUUUCCCCCUCAGCAGCUCUGGGGUGAGCCUGGAGGAACUUGGGGACAGCAUCACCCUGCCUUGGACACACAGCCCCAGUUUCUUGCACCUCCUUUCUAAAUCAGCACAAAUUUCCCUGCCCCUUUGCCCUCCCUGCCAUCCCCGCCUUGGCUCCACUUCUCCCGAGGGCGCCAGCAGAGAUGUUUUGGCACGGGGAAGGCACAAUCCCUGGCUGGUUGGGAGGGGGCGAUGCACCGGAGCAGUGGUGCCAGUGUGGGGUGGCAGUGGAAUGCUGGUGGUUUCUGGCCUCACUGCAACCUCACUGGCAGCAGGAAAUGUGGCUGCUCAUGGCUCCAGUGACUGACACCAUCCCGUGGGAGUUAACUGGGUUCACAUUCGAAUCUUCCAGCUGUGUCUGUCCCCACAAGGGACCCAUCUCAUCUCUGCUGGGAGUGGCACUGGGGGGUGCCAGCAGAGCCCUCGCUCUGCCUGCUGCCAGCCCCACUGCCCCAGCUACACCUUCUCCCAUCAACCAGUCCUGGUCUUUCAGCCAGCUCCCUGGGAAGCUCCCCCCAGCCACCCUCCCUGGCUCCACCACCAGCUCUCCCACCGGCAGAGUGCCCCGGGCUGGCCCUGCCACCAAAUCCAGUGCCACCGCAGGGCUUGGGUGCAUGGCAUGUGUGGCUGUUCAGGAUGUGGGAGUAUUCUGGGGAAAAUACUUGUCUUUCACAAAUGUUUUUGUUCACCCGGUACAUUUUUAGCUGCCUUCCCCCUACCCUUUUUGUCUCAGUUGCUGGGCUGCAGUCCCCAUGCAGUGGGAGCAUCCCAACCAUGGGCCACCAUCCUGGUGGAGAGUCCUGGGAAGUGCUGUGCUGCAUGGGAGACAUUUGUAUCCUCAUCUCCCUUGCUCGCUCCUGAAGGCCUCAGUCCUGUUUCAGCAGUGGGUGGCUAUCUGUGCCCAGCUUUGCCCCCACACACAUCCCACGGAGCUGAACCCAGGGCCAGCAGGGCAGCACCCAGCCCCUGUGCUCUCCCACCCAGCGCCUGUUUGUACAUAGCCCUCGAGCGGUCCCUGCGCCCUCCCAAACAUUGACUUAGUUGCAUGUGUUGAUUUUUUUCCCCCUCAUGCGGCUGUACCCAGCUGGAAACCCUUUGCCGUGGUGGCUCACACGGCUUUGCUCCCUCACCUCUCGGGUCCCAGGCAGCCUCGCUCAGAAAGACCUUGGGGCUUUUUGGAUGCUCUGCUGGGCCAGGGGUGGGUUGAGGGCUCGAGGGGGUACUGUGGGACAGUGGUGCUGGCACGCACCCAUGGGAAGGACCUGGAGAGGGGAGCCAGCAGCUUCGCCCGCCUCUCGGUGCUCGGGCAGUGGGCUUGCUUUGGCUCCCCAUCAUUUGUGGGAUGGGGUUUCCCUCCGGCACAGCCUCCUUGCAGACAGCAGACCCAAACCACCUUUCACCAGCCCCCGCUGCACUGCCAGUGUCUCAUGAAAGUUGGGUGGGAGCUGAGUAUGGGCAGGGGGGCAGCCCAAACCCCGUCCCCAAACCUCUGCCGGAGCAGGGCCCAGGCAUGCUUCUGCCUCCUGCUCGCUCCUGCAGCUCCCUAGCCACUUAUUUAUGAACCAAGUGCUCGGUUGGUUGGUGGCUCCUUUUGAGUAAGUAAAACCUUUGAAAUCAGCUUGAACAGGUUCUUCGGCAGUAUGGAGAGAGCCUGCUGGUUUAGAGAACAGCGACUGGUUUAAUGGAUGUUUUUUAAAUCAUUCUGGGACUUGGAGACUUUUCUCCCCACUUCCUAGCAGAUUUCUUGUGCCCAGCAUUUGGGCAGGAGCUCUCCAAACCUUGAUAUUCUGCCUUUCCAUUCCUGGGCUAGGUGGCUCCUGCAUCCCCAUCGGCACUGCCAAAGAAGCCCUGUCCCGCAGCAGCUGGCCACCAAGGGCUGGCCUGUGCCAUAGCUCUGCCUAAACUAUACAAAAUCCCCAUCCCCAGGAGAAACCUCUUAAAACUAACAUGCAGGAGCUAGAUUUGAUCGGGAAGCUGGGGAGAGAGAAGACAAGUGGACAUGUUAAGGUUUGGCCUUUGGCUGUCUGCAGCACAUACAGGGUCUUGCGUGAGCGCAGCGGGACGGGAAGGAGAUUAACCCAGCGGUUUCAUUUUCUGGCUCUUUCUGGCAAGCAGCAGAGCAGGACCGCAGCCUUGGCGCAAGGAACACCCCAGGCUGGCUUAAUUCCCCAUGGCUUUUGGCAAGCUCUGACGAAGGAGACAUGCUGGGGACAUUUCAGGGCAGAAGACAGUAAAGCAAUCCUCAAGGAACCCUCCUGCAUGGGGCUGGGGCUGUGUGUCUGCAUGUCCGUGUGUCCAUCCAUGUUUCUGUGCAGCGGUUUCAGUGCAACCCAGCAUCUCCAGACUCGCUGCUGCAGCUGGCCUGACCAGGAGGCCCCAGGGAUCAAGAUCCUCUCCUCCAUCACCAUUGUUGUCUGCCAAUUUAUUUUUUUAAGCCAAUAAACUUCAAAGGGGAGCCCCUACCUAGGGAUGCUCUUUGGCUUCCCAGGGCCAGUAACUCCCUACAAGUUACUCCUCACUGCUGUUACCAUUUUUUUUAAACAGUGUUUUGUAAGAUCUCCGACUAUGCAGAGAACAUGUGGAUCUGUCUCUCUCUCUCUCUCCAGCUCCCCUCUCCCCCCACCUGCCUUUUUUGGUGUCUAAGUAAAAUAUUUAGCUUUUUUUUUUUUUUGGAUAAUAAUAAAACUUUGGAGAAAAACCUGAAAAGGUCCAGUUUUGUGGGGGGUGGGGGGUGGAGAUGCUUUGAAACUCUAAUGUUGUUGUAAAUACUUCGCAGUUUGAUAAUUAAAUACAA